UAAAGAAAAGCUCGCCGGCACUACCAAGGCGAUUCUACCCAUCUACCGCUGUUGCCUCUGUGUUGAAAGCGAUCGCGAAGUCGGUUGUCGCGGUUGUGUUUCGAUGUGUUCGUGAUGUGGCUCGCUUGAUAGUGCACCCUUCGUGUGGUAGAAGUUCUAACUUAAAAGCAUCGUGUACAUCGGAGCAUCGCUAUGUGUUGGUUGCUGUGAAUGACCGUUCGUGGAACUGUGUUUUGUGACAACGUGCUGUGCGGCGAACAUGCCCUCAGGAGGCAGGGACUUGAGCGCUCACGAUGUCGUCUAAAAGCGAACUAAAGAAACUAAGCGAAGAGAGCCUGACCCGGCAGCCAGAAGAGGUCUUCGACAUCAUCUGUAAGCUCGGCGAAGGCAGCUAUGGCAGCGUCUACAAAGCGUUACACAAGGAGUCUGGACAGGUGCUCGCCAUCAAGCAAGUACCUGUGGACACAGAUCUGCAGGAAAUUAUCAAGGAAAUUUCCAUUAUGCAACAGUGUGACAGCCCAUACGUGGUCAAGUAUUAUGGCUCAUACUUUAAAGGGUCUGACCUGUGGAUUGUUAUGGAGUACUGUGGUGGAGGAUCGGUAUCGGACAUCAUGAGGUUACGGAAGAAAACGCUCACCGAAGACGAAAUAGCGACCAUCCUGUCCGACACGUUGCGAGGAUUGGAGUAUUUGCAUCAGCGGCGGAAGAUACAUAGAGACAUCAAGGCAGGCAAUAUUUUGCUCAACACAGAAGGACAUGCCAAGUUGGCUGACUUUGGCGUUGCUGGCCAACUCACAGACACCAUGGCAAAGCGCAACACUGUGAUUGGCACGCCAUUCUGGAUGGCACCAGAAGUGAUCCAGGAGAUUGGCUACGACUGUGUAGCUGACAUCUGGAGUCUGGGCAUCACAGCUCUGGAGAUGGCCGAGGGGAAGCCCCCCUAUGGUGACAUUCACCCCAUGAGGGCAAUCUUCAUGAUUCCCACGAAGCCUCCUCCAUCAUUUCGGGAUCCAGACCGAUGGUCGCCGGAAUUCAUUGAUUUUGUCUCACGGUGCUUGGUCAAAAACCCAGAGGAGAGGGCCACAGCAUCGGACCUCCUUCAGCAUGUCUUCAUCAGCAAUGCAAAACCUGUGGCGAUCCUGCAGCAGAUGAUUGUUGAAGCCAGGGACAUUCAGGAGGAUGAGGCAUUCCGCAAGGACAGGAGAGGCAGCACCGGUGAAGCGUUUCUCGAUGAUGACGAGGUGGACGCUGGCACGAUGGUGAAGCUUGACGCUGAUCCAGGCACCUUGGUUCCUGACAGAGGGGGUGGUGGGGAUGCCCCAAUGAGCAGUGAUCUAGAGUCGGACCUUGGCACGUUGAUCAUCAACAGCGAUGGCGAGGAGGAUGACUCUACUAUGAAACGUCACGACACUUCCACUGGAGAGCGCAAGGAGAGCUAUCGGCCGUACUUUCUGGACCACUUUGACAAGAAAGAGCGGGAGCAGCAGGGAAGCAGUGGAAGCAAUUCCAAGGCGUCACCCCGGCACGAUGGCACUCCGCACCCAAACUAUUUUCCUCAGGACCUGUCCAAGGCAUUGGCAGCCACUGCACCGCAGGGCCUGAUUCGGCCACCAGCAACAAGCCACACGGGCAGCACCUACGCACACCAGGAAGUUGCUCAGGCCGUGCCCACCUGUCAGGAACACUUUGCACAACAGCUUCAGCGGCAGCUGAACCAGAUGAACACGCCGCUGCCUGUCAGCGUGGCAUCUCAGGCAGAGCUCCUGCUGCAACAGCAGCAGCAACAACAGCAACAACAACAGCAACAACAGCAGCAGAGACUCUUUCAGCAGCAACAGCAACACCAGCAGCAGUUGCAGCAGCUUCAGCAGCUACAGCGCAUGCAGCAGCAACUACAGCAUGGACAGAUGCAGCCGCCCCUACACAACCAGAUUCAGCAGCAACAGCAACAGCAGCAACUAUCUGCAGCCCAGUCACCCUCUCACAUGGAUCUGGUGCAAGUACCAAGGUUCCAGCAACGCGGCUUCAUGGAAGGCGACUUCGAUUAUCUCAAGUAUCUCAGCUACGAGGAGCUUGGUCAUCGCAUGUCUAGCCUUGACUCGGAGAUGGAACGGGAAAUCGAAGACCUUCGCCGCCGCUACCAUGCCAAGCGACAGCCUAUUUUGGACGCCAUGGAUGCAAAGAAAAAGCGGCAGCAAAACUUUUAACUCGGGACUGCCUUCGUCCUGCAGUGGAUGUCUUGUGCUUGCCUUGGACACUGCCUUUGAACUGAUGAUGAACUGGUUCGAGCCUUGUCUUUACAAAGUAUCUCAUCCUGGGAAGAAGCUUGAAGCAGUGAGCAUGUUUUAGUAAUACCACUACGGCGUGCCUCAUAAUCAGAUCGUGGUUUUGGCACGUAAAACCCCAUAAUUUAAUUAUUUCUUUUUGGACUCAACGUAUUUUAACUUGAAUUCUGCAUCACAGAUACCCUGUGCUCAUUUUCCCAUCGCAGUGCUCUCAGAUUCUCACUUGGAAUACAUUUUGCUGUUUUGAGAGAAAACCAAAAUGGAUAAGACACUACUCACUUGAGCACUCAGGGCCUUUUACCUGCUAGCAUAUUUUAGCAGGUCGCUGAAAGGGUUACUUCUGCAAUUUUUCUUAUUUCUGUUUCAUGAGCCAUACUCUCGUAGUUUAGUUAUAUUUUCAUUAGCUAAAACUCUUCUCUCACGUUUCAAAACUUCAGUGGCAUUUUUUUUCACCUUAGAAAGAAUAUUCUAGUCCAGGUUCCUGAAGGCAUUUCUAGAAGAAAACUGUGUACUGCAGUAUUGCAGGCAGCCUGAAUACUGCACCAUUGAUUGUAGUAUACAUGGUCUUUGAGUUGAUUGUGUUACGAAAAAUAGGUCAGAAGCUAAAAUUUGUCUUGUUUAGCUGUCUGUAAACUUAUCAAAGCCCUGAUUAUGCUCGCAGAAACAUAACCCCGUGCACAUUUGACUCGAAGGGCAGAUAAUGACUUAAGUGCGGUUAACUAAAUUUUGUGUUAGUAGAGCAAAACCUUUCAACUUGGUCUCUACAUGUGGUGACAUCAUUGUGUGCAAAAUGAUUUUUUGUUUUACAUUCUUUAAGAUCAGCAGUAAUGUAUAGUCUGGAUUGAAUGCAUGCCUGAGGUUAUGUGCAUUUGGACCUGCUUUGAGCAACCAAGGCUUUUACCCUUUAUGUGUCAUGUUUUUUUGUUUGUUUUUAUAUGUUGAUCAAUAUACGAACUGGUCUUAUAUUACCUUUACUUUGAUAAUACAUUUUAGCUAUGUUUCUGGGCAUUUAUUAAGUGGCAAACGCAUGUUGAACGCUCUUGCAAAAUCCUUUUUACUUUUAUUUUGUUACUUCUCAAUUUGGACUUUAACAAGCGUCUAGCUUUCUCUGUUGCCAUGGGGUCCUCUGUGACCAUUGUACCUUUAACUCACUUUCACAGGUGUGCCUAGUCGUGAUAUGUACUUUUUUAGAAAUGUCUCGUCAUGCCACAAGUGCAAGAGUGAACUGCUUUUCAUUUUGCGUACUGUGCUUUAGAUGUGACAUUUUUUUUUGGACAGCUGCAGAUUGUAAAACCCUGUACAUAUGCAGAUUUAUAGAUGAGCUGCUAAGUAAACCUGGAAGUGCCUUGUCUUUGCUAUAUUGUAACAGUGAUGGAUCGUGUCAAGAGUAGAUCAUAGCUGUAAUCUUUGUAUGGCUGGCAGGCAUUGCUGGUAAAAAAAAAAAAAAAAAAAAAAGGUAUGGAAUUUCUAGUGUUUUUGUAGUGCACUUGGAACAAACAUGAUCAUCUGACUGCUGA